GUUUUUAUCAACACGGAGACCACUGUGGCCUUUACGGUGAUUGAGCUGACCAGCUGAACCACACGGGCUGUGUAAACCAUGGCAGACGAGCAGGAAAUCAUGUGCAAAUUAGAAAACAUACUGGAGAUACGGAACAAGACCGUCCAGAUGCAGAAGAUCAAGUCCCGUCUUAAGGUUGAGUUUGAGGCGCUGGAGUCUGAGGAGAAACAUUUAAAAGAGUACAAACAAGAGAUGGAUCUCCUUCUACAGGAGAAGAUGGCGCACGUGGAGGAGUUGCGGCUCAUCCAUGCAGAUAUCAAUGUGAUGGAGAGCACCAUCAAGCAGUCAGAGAAUGACUUGAACAAGCUGCUAGAAACAACUCGCCGCCUGCAUGAUGAGUACAAACCUCUGAAGGAGCAUGUUGACGCCCUAAGGAUGACUUUAGGUUUGCACAGACUCCCUAACCUCAACGAAGAAGAGGAGAAGCUCUCCCUGGAUUACUUUGAGAAGCAAAAAGCAGAGUGGCAGAAGGAGCCGCAUGAGCCGGCCAUCCCAGAAUCCCUCGCUGCCGCCGCAGCUGCAGCACAGCAGCUUCAGGUGUCCAGGAAGCAAGAUGCCCGCCAGACGGCCACCUUCAGACAGCAACCUCCACCUAUGAAGGCUUGCCUGUCUUGCCACCAGCAGAUUCAUCGUAAUGCUCCCAUCUGCCCACUGUGCAAGGCCAAGAGUCGCUCCCGCAACCCAAAGAAGCCCAAGAGGAAGCCAGACGAGUAGAUCUUACACUACCUUCAGCUUCAGUAGGGUUUAAAAGGGAACUGGCCCAACACACUGAUCUAACAUCAGUCAUGUACAUUACCAUAUAUGGCUGAAAUAACAGAUCUGUGCUUCAGGACAAUUUCCACAGAAGGCCCCCACUUUAACAAAAUGUAUUAGUACCUUGUUCAUAACCUGUCAACGACUGAUCAAGGAUCCGGUAAUGUCUUCGUUGUUUGUUUUUAUCAGUGCUUUGGAUGUGUUUAUAUGUAACUGUAUGACUUCGAUAGUAGGUUUAUUAGCCCCUAACCAUGUAACUGCAAUAAUGCAAAAAGAAACUUGACAAAAACGUCCAAAUAGUUUUGCCCAUGUUGCCAUUGUUUAUAGCCUUAGAUAUCGUACUGUAUUUUUUGUUUUGUUGCUGUGUUUGUUUUGCAAUGCAUGCGUGCUUCCAUGGUUGUCUAUUGUAUCAUUUUUGUGCCGAUAUGAGAAUCUAACAUGUUAUUUUAAUGUUUACAGUGUUCAAGUGACCACAAAACUGGAGAAACAAAAGGCCAGACCCAUUGACUUUAAAUAGUGUUGUGUGUUUAACUUUAAUACAGUGAUAUGAAAAUAAAUGGCUGUUUUGUAUUAACCUUGU